AACCCUGGCAGAUGCGAUAAUUGGCAUUCUUAUCUCGGCCGACGCUUGGUGUUUCUCCUCUUUGCACAGCCUACGUGAUUCAGCGGUAGCAAUCCAGCUAUUUCUCUGGGCAGACGGUAAACGUGUCGGACACUCGUCCUCCCGCCUCUUCGAAAGUGGGAAUUACGAACUCACCAUUUGUACUACAACGACACUCACACCAACACAAUAACACAAACGACUUUAACAUUAACAUUAACAACAACGACAUCAUCAUGGCGAGCGGCAACCUUGCGCCGCCGACCCUGGCGAUAGACACAACCCGCUCCCGCCCUCGGAGCGACACCAAUGAAACCCGAGCCCUUACACCCGGGUCCAUCAUGUCUAACACAUCUAACAUAUCGAAUCCAUUUUUAACACCAGCCCACUCGAACCCAUUUUCCACACCAGCUUUAUCAGACUGCGGAUCCAGUGUAUUAACAGUAGACCCCGAAGCCGCUCUGCGCCCCGACCCGGGCACGGAAGCCGAUUUCGAGGUGACGAACAACCCGUUCGCCUUUAGCCCGGGCCAAUUAAACAAACUCCAGAACCCCAAAUCCAUCGCCGCGCUCCGCGCCCUGGGUGGGCUGACCGGGAUAGCGCGGGGCCUGCAGUCGGACGUCAACGCUGGCCUGAGCGUCGACGAGACCGCAGUUCGCUCGUCUAUUACGUUUGAGCAGGCCGUAAGGAGGACGUCGGAUAAAUUCUUUGAGACGCCUGAACGGGCGGCGGAUUCUGGGGCCGACACCUCUUCUUUCACGGAUCGGAUACGCGUGUUUGGGAAAAACGUGCUCCCCGCGAAGAAGGCGACGCCGAUAUGGACGCUUAUGUGGAACGCGUACAACGACAAAGUUAUCAUUUUAUUAUCUGUAGCUGCAGUUAUCUCUUUAGCCCUCGGUCUUUACGAAACCUUUGGAACGGUACCCGAAGAAGGGGACCCUCCGUCUAUCGAUUGGGUGGAGGGCGUCGCCAUUAUCAUCGCUAUUCUUAUCGUCACCCUGGUAGGGUCGCUCAACGAUUGGCAAAAGGAGCGGGCAUUUGUUAGGCUUAACGCGAAGAAGGAAGAUCGGGAAAUCAAGGUAAUCCGCUCUGGCAAAUCAUACAUGAUCAAUGUCCACGAUAUCCUCGUCGGCGAUGUCCUGCACCUCGAGCCCGGCGACCUGGUCCCCGUGGACGGGAUCUACAUCAGCGGCCACGACCUGAAGUGCGACGAAUCCUCGGCUACCGGAGAAUCAGACGCCAUCAAGAAGACGCCAGGUGAGCAGGUCAUGACGUUACUCGAGUCGAACGGCAGCACGAAGAAUCUCGACCCGUUUAUCAUCUCGGGCUCCAAGGUCCUCGAGGGCAUGGGCACAUUCCUCUGCACCUCGGUCGGUGUGAACUCGAGCUUCGGCAAGAUCAUGAUGUCCGUCCGUACCGAAAUCGAAGCCACCCCGCUGCAGAAGAAGCUCGAGAGACUAGCCGUCGCGAUCGCCAAACUAGGUGGUGGCGCCGCCGUCCUCCUGUUCUUCGUCCUACUGUUCCGCUUCCUCGGCGGUCUUUCCACAGACGUUCGAAGCCCCUCAGCCAAGGCCUCCGCCUUCCUGGACAUCCUCAUCGUCGCCGUAACCAUCAUCGUCGUAGCCGUGCCUGAAGGUCUACCCCUAGCCGUAACCCUAGCGCUAGCCUUCGCCACGACCCGCCUCCUCAAGGAGAACAACCUCGUGCGCGUCCUCCGCGCCUGCGAAACAAUGGGCAACGCCACGACCAUCUGCUCCGACAAAACCGGCACGCUCACCACGAACAAGAUGACCGUCGUCGCCGGCACCUUCGGCUCUUCCAGCUUCGCCAAGCCCGACACCACCAGCAGCGAGAAACCCUCCACGUCCCAGCCCGUCCCGCAAUGGGCCGCCUCCCUCUCGCAGAAGACGAAGGACGCCAUCAUCCAGUCGAUCGCGAUCAACUCGACGGCCUUCGAGGGCGAGGAGAACGGGCAGUUCACGUACAUCGGGUCGAAGACCGAGACGGCGCUGCUGCACCUCGCGCGCGACCACCUGGGGAUGCAGUCGCUGGCCGAGAUCCACGCGAACGAGACGGCGGUGCAGAAGAUGCCGUUCGACUCCGGCAAGAAGUGCAUGGGCGCCGUCAUCAAGCUGCGCGACGGCACCGGGUACAGGCUCCUGGUGAAAGGCGCCUCCGAGAUCCUCCUGGGCUACUGCAGCGACAAGGCGGACAUCCACUCGCUCGAGGCGAGCCCGCUGACGAGCGAGGACCGCAAGGGGCUGACGGCGACGAUCGACGCGUACGCGAAGGGCUCGCUGAGGACGAUCGGCAUCGUGUACAGGGACUUCCCGCAGUGGCCCCCCGCGGGCGCGGAGCUGGAGGACGAGCACGUGAAGUUCGAGGCCGUGCUGAAAGACCUCGUCUGGCUUGGGCUGGUGGGCAUCCAGGACCCCGUGCGCCCCGGCGUUCCCGAGGCUGUUGCGAAGGCGCAGCAUGCUGGUGUGGUGGUGCGCAUGGUGACGGGCGACAAUGCCGUCACGGCGCAGGCCAUUGCGACGGAGUGUGGAAUUUACACCGAAGGUGGCCUCAUCAUGGAAGGGCCCGAGUUCAGACGGUUGAGCGAGGCGGAGAUGGACGCGCGGCUGCCGAAGCUGCAGGUUCUUGCGCGCUCGUCGCCCGAGGACAAGAGGAUCUUGGUCGCGAGGUUAAAGGCGCUGGGUGAGACGGUGGCGGUUACAGGCGACGGCACGAACGACGCGCCCGCCUUGAAAACGGCGGAUGUUGGGUUUUCGAUGGGCAUCUGCGGAACCGAGGUCGCGAAGGAGGCGUCGGAGAUCGUGCUGAUGGACGACAACUUCGCGUCGAUCCUGACGGCGCUCAAAUGGGGGCGCGCGGUCAACGACUCCGUGCAGAAGUUCCUGCAGUUCCAGAUCACCGUCAACAUCACCGCCGUCCUUCUCGCCUUCGUGUCCGCCGUCGCCGACCCUGAGAUGCACUCCGUGCUCACGGCCGUGCAGCUGCUGUGGGUCAACCUCAUCAUGGACACCUUCGCCGCACUGGCGCUCGCCACCGACCCGCCGACCGAGAAAGUCCUCGACCGCAAGCCGCAGCCCAAGAGCGCUCCCCUCAUCACCACCAACAUGUGGAAGAUGAUCACGGGGCAGGCGAUCUUCCAGCUAAUCGUGACCUUCGUGCUCCACUUCGCCGGCGCGUCGAUCCUGGGCUACGACCCGGAGGACGAGACGCGCAAGACGGAGCUCAACACGAUGGUGUUCAACACGUUCGUGUGGAUGCAGAUCUUCAACGAGUUCAACAACCGCCGCCUCGACAACAAGUUCAACAUCUUCGAGGGCGUCCACCGCAACCAGUUCUUCAUCGUCAUCAACUGCAUCAUGGUCGGCGCCCAGAUCGCCAUCGUCUUCGUCGGCGGCACCGCCUUCGAGAUCAAGGCCAUCGACGGCACGCAGUGGGCCAUCUGUCUCGUCGCCGCCGCCGUCUGCCUGCCCUGGGCCAUCGUCGUGCGCCUCUUCCCCGACGAGCUGUUCGCCAAGAUCGCCGCGGUGGUCGGCGCCCCCGUUGUCGUCGCGUUCCGGUUCCUGGCUAAGGUCGGCGGAAAGAUCAGCGGGGCAUGCGGCAGAAUGUGGAGGCGGAUGAGACCUGCGAAGCAAGCUUCUGGAGAAGAAGAAGAAGAAGAGGUCGAGCAGAUGUCGGAGAAGAAGCAGAGCGAGGCCGCGCCCGAGAUCGUGGUCUCGGGUGAUGGCGUUUUUGGUGGCAAUUCGACGAACCCGGAAAUCCAAAUAGAGGACCUGGAGCAAGGUCGUCGGUAGAGAUUUCUUUUGUCAGUUUUUUUUUUUUUUAUGUCGUAAUGCGGUAAUGGAGAUAUGUCUGUACAAUAGGCAGCAGCCCGGUAAACAGCAAUUGGGAUGCGGAGGGUAUACGGUAUAUAUACAGGAUAGAUAGAGGUAUCGCGCUUAUAAGCCACGGAAUUGUAUUUUAGAUAUUUAUUAGGUACGCAACAAUGUGCGCCAAUGAAAAAAAAAAAACUUGUCAGAAGUAUUGUUUAUACAGAAAUGGAAAUUUCAUGAAGCAUUAGCCAAUGA